GUUUUGCUGAAACCAUAGGAAUGCGACACACUUUAUAUUUACAACCUCCAAUCUACAACACUGUGUUUCCUCUCUCUCUCUCUCUCUCUGUGUGUGUGUGUUUUUCUCUUUAACGUUAACGGUAAUUAUCUGUUACCGUGUCCAAGUUUGUUUUAAAUACGUUUUUAAAAAAAUGAAGUUGAAUUUUCUUCGCGGAAACAACUUUUGUUGCUGCAGGGAGUCUGUAUGUGUGUGAGUGUGUGUGUGUGUUUUCCCCCUCUUCGUCAGCUGCGUUUCCGACAUGAGAUCAGGUGGAUAGUGGUGUUGUUGCUGCUUGCUGCUGCUGGAUAAAACACUACCUGUGGUUAAAAAAAGUCUGAUGUUAGGCUGUAGCCGCCUCAGCCGCCAUCAUGUUCACCAAGAAGAAGAAAUCUCGUAUCCAGAUCUCGGCGCCGUCUAACUUCGAGCACCGCGUGCACACGGACUUCGACGAGCAGGAGCAGAAGUUUGUCGGGUUGCCGCGGCAAUGGCAGUCGCUCAUCGAAGACACUGCGAAGAGGCCCAAACCCUUCAUCGAUGCGACCGUCAUCACUACUGUAGAGCCACGCAAGACUAUUGUACGUGGCAGUAAGAUCGGGGUGGACGGCUCUCUGACAUGGCUGCUGGAUGAGUUUGACACAAUGUCGGUGACUCGAUCCAAUUCCCUGCGACGAGGCAGUCCUCCCAUCCAGCCUCGCAGGGACUCUUCUUCAGUAGUAGUAGGAGGAGGAGGAGGGCAGGAGAAUGGAGACCCUCACCACAGACACUACUCACACCCAGACAGACAGGAGAGAGACCGAUCCAGACCAGAUCACCAUAGCGGAGGUGACCCCCGCCAGAGCGAGCGCGGGGUCCGUCUGCCUCAAAGAGACGAUGGAGUCCAGGGUCGUCCCCAGCAGCAGCCGCGGGGCCAAGAGCCCAGCAGGGCCCACAGGGACAGACCGGCUCCUCCUCACAGAGACAGGGAGCCUCGGGACCGGGACCAGGAGCAGGGGGUCCGCAGGGAUCAACCCGGUGACCACAGGCCAAAGUCCAGCUACGUGUCACGUGACGGCAGCCCUCAGUCUCCCAGGGAGAAGAGGCCUCUCUCCGGGCCCAACAUCCGCACCCCAAACCUGCCCGUGACGGAGGGAGUGAUGAAGACCGCCCAGCAGAACACACGGCCGUUCAACACCUACCCGAGGACGGACAGCGAGGGAGGACGCAGCCCCACAGGGCAGCCGGUCCGACACCAUGAAUCCUCCCCUCAAAACGGCCCCUCUAGCGGCUCCCAACGAGGUUCCUCCAAGCCCCCUGUGAGUCACCCGCAUCCUCACCACGCCUCCCACCCCAGCCUGACCCCCGAUGCCACCCAGCAUCCACACACCCCUCACCCCAACGUUCCAGCCCCGCGGCCGCCUGUGCCUUCCGGGCCCCCUGCAUCCGGCGCUCCGCCCCAGGGCCGCUCCCCCCAGAGGGAGCCACAGAGGGUUUCCCACGAGCAGUUCAGGGCGGCGCUACAGAUGGUUGUCGAUCCUGGUGACCCACGGACCUACCUGGACCACUACAUCAAGAUAGGGGAGGGGUCCACGGGGAUCGUGUGUAUCGCCACGGUGAAGACCACAGGGAAACUGGUCGCUGUGAAGAAGAUGGACCUGAGGAAACAACAGCGUAGAGAACUGCUCUUUAAUGAGGUGGUGAUAAUGCGGGACUAUCACCAUGAGAACGUGGUGGAGAUGUACAACAGCUACCUGGUGGGGGACGAGCUGUGGGUCGUCAUGGAGUUCCUCGAAGGAGGGGCUCUCACUGACAUUGUGACGCACACUAGGAUGAACGAGGAGCAGAUUGCCACCGUGUGUCUGUCUGUCCUGAAAGCGCUGUCUGUCCUCCACACACAGGGCGUUAUCCACAGAGACAUAAAGAGCGACUCCAUCCUCCUCACUCAUGACGGACGGGUGAAGCUGUCAGACUUUGGUUUCUGCGCCCAAGUAUCGAAGGAAGUGCAGAGGAGAAAGUCUCUGGUUGGCACGCCGUACUGGAUGGCACCAGAGCUCAUAUCCAGACUUCCUUAUGGACCAGAGGUGGAUAUCUGGUCUCUGGGUAUCAUGGUCAUCGAGAUGGUGGACGGGGAGCCUCCGUACUUCAAUGAGCCGCCGCUCAAAGCCAUGAAAAUGAUUCGAGACAACCUUCCUCCCAAACUAAAGAAUCUGCACAAGGUCUCUCCUCUGCUCAAGGGCUUCCUGGACCGGAUGCUGGUGCGAGACCCGGCUCAGCGGGCGAUAGCCAGCGAGCUCCUCAAACACCCCUUCCUGACGAAGGCCGGCCCGCCGUCCUGCAUCGUCCCGCUGAUGAGGCAGAACAGGAUGAGAUGAGACACGUGACAACACACAAAAAAAGAUCUCCACACUCUGGAGGGGGCAGAGGGGCGUGUUGUGCAGGUUCAGAUGGGACAGAGUACUCCUGCACACAGCACAGAGAGCAGGAGGAGGGGGUGCAAGCCUGCAGAGGUCAAAGGUCACGGGCACAAAAAACCCAACAAAACGAAAACAAAAAAAGAAACACUCAGAAAAUACUGCGAGCUGUGAAGCGUAAAUUGGGUGUGCAGGAGUAUUCUACUUUUCUUAUGUGAAUCACUGAACUGUGGGGAGUGUAUUCCCCGGAGAAGAGGCAAUAAGGAGGGGUGUGUGUGCGUGUGAGUGUGCGUUUGAAUGUAAAAAUAUGUUGUCAACACUGUUAAUGACAGUGUUUUCAUGGCUCAUUCCUGUCUGCGUGUGUGAGCGCUUACUUUGAGUCAUGAAGGUGGAGAAGCCACCACUUGCCUUUUUAUUUAGCUGAUCUCUCGCAAACAUUUCCUUGAUUUCUUCUAAGGGUCUGACCUGGAAAGAUUAACGACUGUGGCUUCUUACUUGGAUUUUCUUUUCUUUUUUUUUUAAGUGUGAAUGUUGUUUUAUUUUUUGCACACACCAAUCAGAUGCGUUGAAGGAACAGAAAGAGCCCAUAUGUUAAUUUUUUAGAAGGAGCUUUUUAAAUCUCACUGUUUGGGGGACUGUCUGGAACCCACAUUUUUCCUCACUACAAGAGAUGUCUCUCUCUCUAUUUCUCUCUCUCACACACACACACACACACACAGACAGACGGAUCCCAGACUUUGGACACUAUCCUCAUCACAUCCAGAACUACUUACUACUGAGGGAGGGGAAAAAAAUCUCUUUUGACUCACAAAUGAGUCACGUGGACUUUAUUUUGUAGCCAUAUGAAUAACUAGCUUCCUGUUUUAAAACAAGCAAAAAAACACACACUAAGUAAAAAAAAAAAGGUUAACACUGGAAUUUUUUUUCCUUUUCUUUUCUUCUCUUAACAGAUGAAUUUUUCCUCGUAUUUCUUUCUUUCUUUUCCUGUGUAAGUACAAUGAACAUAGAGAGAUAUAUCAGUUUUGAUGUUUUACUAUCUCUAUUUUGUGAUUUUUAUGAUGAUGAUGAUGAUGAAUUUUAUUUCCUGCUUUAUUUUUUAGAGUGAGAUGUGAUGAAUUUUUUUGAAGCACUGUCAACAAGAGAGAAAAAAGAGAUAGAAGCUGCAGUCCCGGUUGAUUCCAAGCAUGCAGAUAAUUAGACGCUAGACUUUUUCUACUUUGAUUUUGUUUUGUUUUGUUUUAGAUCGAACACUUUUCAACCUUUGUCCUCGACAGUCGGGAUGUCGCUCAGACAAGCAGAAAAGGACGAGAACUUCCCCUUAAAACCUAAAAAAUGGACCUAAAAUCUGUUUUACUUUUACAGUUUUUUGUUAUCAUAGUGUUUUUAGAACAGUAGGCUUGUCCACACCCUAUUUAAAAAAAAAAAAAAAAAUCUUAAUUCACUAUUUCAGCUGAUAGAUGUAGCAGCUCACUCACUUAACACACACUAAUGUUUCUUCUGAGGUAGAAAAUGAACACAAGCGCCGCUUUGGGCAAUCAGCAAGCUGUUAAAAAAAAAAGUUGUUUGUUUUUUUAACUGUGGUGCACGUCAGCGUCUUUGUCAUGUAAUCGGUCUCCUUCAGCAAAAAGGCGACUGCUGGUAUUUUCAAUAAAUGACCAGCUGCUGACGUGGACAAGCGCUCAACUCAUCACGUUUUUUUCGCGGUGUUUCCAAUUGAAUCGAUUAAUGUUUGAUUGGUCCAUUGAUGCACCAGACAGACCGCCACCUCUUAAUGUCGAGUGUCUCAAAGGAGCAAAACUGAAAGUGUAGGUUCUUUAUUUAUAAAACUCUUAACACUAUUCAGCUACACACACACACACAAACACACACACACACACACACACACACACACACACACACACACACACACACACACACACACACACACACACACACACACACACGUGGAGUGGAGUGUUACAGAUCAGGGAGAAAAUGCAGCUUUUGUUUAAAUUUGCAUCUCACGUGUGCCUCGAUGUUCAUGCCCUGUAAUGUUUUUUUUUGUGAUAGAUAGACAAGAGGAGAGGAGAAGAGAGGAUAUGAAACUGUGAUUAUUUCUGCUUGCAUUUAUUGUGGGUUCUGUGAAAGAAGACCAUUAGUAACAUGACAGAGAAUAUCACAGAAAUACUUACAGGACAGGAAACUCUUUGAUGAAAAUACACUCUCGAACACUAAAGUGAGCUGAUGAUAAUCUACACACACACACACACACAUUUUUCAGGGUGGCACUGAGAUCUUUCCUGUCACUUCCACUUUAAAGUUUCAAGUCAUAUUUUUAAAUUUCAAGUCUGUUUACAGCGAUUGUGUGUUUGGCUCUUGAGUGCUGCCAAAACACAGGUGACCCACACUUAACACCGUUCCUGAACGCUUCCUGUGUAGACAGAUUGGCGAGCACACGGGCUCAUCUACUCCACUCUGCUCUGUUGUUUUUUUUAAUUUUCACAUCAGAAACAUUUAGUCGCUACAAAUUACACUAAAUCCACUUUUUAAAAUAUUAAACUGAUCGGCCCGUGUAUCAAACAUUAGUCAAAAGAUCGCCUCAGCAGCUGGAGUGGAGUAAAACCAUGAAAAAAUAAUGAAUUAAACUUCAGUUUGGCUCAGGUUUUUUCUUUUUAUAAACGCCCACUUCAGUCCUCAAUCAGCAGCCUUAUGUAGUUACACACUGUACCUCCUUGUAUAGCGACGAACACUCAUUUACAUAGACGAUUGAAUCAAAGAUAAGGCCGUUGCUCCUGUUAUAACUAAUCGCUCUCGAGUUGAUGACACACAGACACAUCCCCCCUUCUCUCUCUCUCUCUCUCUCUCUCUCUCUCUCUCUCUCUCUCUCUCUCUCUCUCUCUCCCAAGGCGUCUGUUUCCAUUCCUUCUAUGUCCCCCCCCCCGGUUCAGCUACUUCUCAUCACACCAACACAUCAGCAGAGUAGCAUUUUUAAGACCCAGGAAAAGUCAAAACUGCCACUAAACAAAAAGGAGGGUGUUAGAAAGUAGCACACUUGCUGUUAUUGUUAUACACAACAGCAUAUUAAUAUACUGCAUAUAUACUGAUAUAUAUAUAUGUACUUCAUCUGUGGUCUAGCGCCUUCUUGAUACAGUUCUUUGUGGGUUUUUCGUGUGCACAAAAAAUAAAUAAAUGUAUAAACAACUGUGAGUCUUCGUGCUAAAAGUAGCAGCACACGGGGGGCAGGAUGGAGACACCUUUUUAAGCAGGAAAUAGGCUUUAUUCCAAAUAGCAAAUAGUUUGUUUUAUAACAGCCGCGGUUAUAACAAAUGCUUUAAAUAGACUGAUGUGACUGGUGGAUUAAACUUAGCAUCACCCCUUGUAUAGUUAAUAAUGUGUAGCUGUAACUUCUUCGGAAAGAAAGAAAGGGGGUGAGUAAUUAUCUUAUUAUCUUGCAUAAACGUAGCAACAGAGGGAGUGUUGUGAAACUGCGAUUUAUUAGUCCUGCAUUGCACCUUGUAAAAAAAAAAAAAAAAACCUCAAACACUUCCUUCCAGGUUAUGUGUAUGGUUUCCCCUAGUUGAACACUGUUGUCACCGGUCUUAUUUUUAAAAAACAAAGUGCUCCAUUUAGUUACCACUUGCUAAACAAUGUAUCAUCAUCAUCAACACGACUACAUGCUGUGCCCAGGCUGGGGCCGGAGCUGCUUCAAAUUUGUUAUGAGACACUACUGGGAGCUUUAAAAGUAGGUUAACCGUUUACCCUUUUUCUCCCUCCUUCGAAAAACAUUCACUCAGACACUCUUGAGUUGUUGUUAUUUUUUGUACUUUGUCACCUUGUUUUCAGCCUUGUAUCAGUUCUCUUGCAUCAGAUUAAGGGGGGAUGAUUAAUUAAGUCUCACAAUUUAAAGAUAGGAGGGCUGAGGUGAAUGAAACCAAAUGACAAUCAGGUGUAAAAUGGAAGUAACUCAGAUGUAGCUGUGACACUUUGUAUUUUCCCCUUUUUAAGAGACACUUUCCUCACAUGUAAGAUCUUAAAUUUGAAUAUCAAUACCAUUUAAAUCCAUUUUAAGACACAUUUUAAGAUAUAUAUAUAUAUAUAUAAAAUGAAUUAUCAUUUAAACACUUUUUGAUUCAGGGGAUUAAAAAUAGACUUUAUAAUGAAGGAGGGAGGGACAUGCCACCUGUUAAAGCUGAUAAAUUGCAUCUUUUAAGAGGCCCAGCUGGUCCCUGAAGUAUGUUUAAGCGCUCAUCCAGGUGUAAAUAACCACGCUCUUAUGCCUCAUUCCACAUUUCAUUAGUUUUCCCAUCGAUAAUUAAUAUGAAGGCUUCUCAGAUCUUUCCUCUCUGUUGGUGGACUGAUGUUUUUAUUAUUCACGGUCCAGUUUCUAAUGGAUCUCCUACUGUUGAGUGUGUGUUUGUUUUAUAUGUGUUUGUGUGUGUGCGUAUUCAUGCCUUAACAUUCACAAUCACUACUUGACAGAUUCUGACGUGACGUGACGUGACGUGACGUGACGCUCCGACUGUUAUGAACGAAGGUGAAAAGGAAACUUCCGUGACGCGUUAACGCCGCCUCAUCUCUUUCUCUCACACACACACACACACACAAACACACACACACGAAAAGUUAUUUUUUUAAUGUGGUUUGUAUGUGAAGUGGUGGUGUUGUGGUUUAAACGUGACGCCUUUCUUUUGUAACAUUCCUCACACUUUUCAAGUUAAUGAGACCUUCUUCAGAUUGGAGUAGGAUUUUCCAUGUCUUUUUAAAAAAAAAAAAGAAAAGAAGUGGUUACCGAGUGCCUCAAAGUCUGCGCUCUUGUGACGAAAUGAGGGGGUUCUUCUUCUGGGGAUUUCAUUUUUUUGAUGUGCGUCUUUAGAUCACAGAGCUUCUCUCACUCUAGUAGCCACUGAGCAUCUCCAGUGCUGCGCCUCAUUCAGGGUUUAGUGCCUUGCUUAGCCGCAUCUUGACACAUACUUUUUUUAGGAUUGUCCCGUUAUAUAUAUAUAUAUUUUAAAAAAUGAGUCGUCUUCUUGCUCUUCGGAAACAAUCCGAGCAGGAUGUGCGCUGCUGGGUUGUUUUUUUUCUCCACAAGUGAACACAUGGUUACUGAGGCUCAUUUUUUCUGGUGUCGCCAGAAUCCAUAAACCACUACUGACCAGCCAACGUGGUCUUUUGAAGAUAUGUGACAAAAUACAAAUGAAUUCUUCCUCUGUGUAAAUGGACUGUUCUAAAAAAAAUAAUAAAAAAAUCUCUCAUCUCUGGUUUUAAAAAAAGCUGAUUUUAGUUGAUCCAUUUGUUUGUUUUUUUUGCAGUAUUGUUGUGUUUUUGUCAGACGUCGGAUUCCAACAAACUUGUACCCUGCACCAUUUUGUUGUUUAUUUUUUUGUAAAUUUCACUGGUAUUGUAAAAAAAAUCCACAAAAAUAUAGAUUUCACUUUGCAAAUUUUA